AUGGCUCGCACUAAGCAGACCGCCCGCAAGUCCACUGGUGGCAAGGCCCCUCGCAAGCAGCUCGCUUCCAAGGCUGCUCGCAAGUCCGCCCCCUCCACCGGAGGUGUCAAGAAGCCUCACCGCUACAAGCCCGGUACCGUCGCUCUCCGUGAGAUUCGACGAUACCAGAAGUCGACUGAGCUCCUCAUUCGAAAGCUCCCCUUCCAGCGUCUGGUCCGUGAGAUCGCCCAGGACUUCAAGUCUGAUCUCCGCUUCCAGUCUUCUGCCAUCGGUGCUCUCCAGGAGUCCGUCGAGUCUUACCUCGUCUCCCUCUUCGAGGACACCAACCUCUGCGCCAUCCAUGCGAAGCGUGUUACCAUCCAGUCAAAGGACAUUCAGCUCGCCCGCCGUCUCCGAGGCGAGCGCAACUAA